UUAUAUUCUUUCUGUAUCAGAAUGGAGGAGAGCCGUAUUCUGCCUGGCAGCAUGAAGGAUAACUUCUGGGAGAUGGGGGACACUGGUCCAUGUGGGCCGUGCAGUGAGAUCCACUAUGAUCGCAUUGGAGGCAGAGAUGCUGCACACCUGGUCAACAUGGAUGACCCAAAUAAGCUUGAAAUCUGGAAUUUGGUGUUCAUCCAAUUCAACAGAGAAUCAGAGACCGUGCUUAAGCCUCUUUCCAAGAAGAGCAUCGACACAGGGAUGGGACUUGAGCGCUUGGUCUCUGUUCUACAAAACAAGAUGUCUAACUACGACACUGACCUCUUCGUUCCUUAUUUUGAAGCCAUUCAGAAGGGCACAGGUGCAAGAGCAUACACAGGAAAGGUUGGUGCAGAAGACACCGAUGGCAUCGAUAUGGCAUAACGUGUCCUGGCUGAUUAUGCCCGCACCAUUACAAUCGCCUUGUCUGAUGGUGGCAGACCUGACAACACUGGCAGAGCGUGAGAUGAUGGUGUUAUUGA